UGUAAAUUUUUGUUUUCCUUAGAAAAAAGAUGAAACUCUUCUCUUUCUUACAUUUUCUUUAUCAAUGAAAACACAAACAUUACUACUUGGUGAAUAUGGUUCAUCAUCAUCUUUUUAUAUAUAUAUGAUACCUACGACAUUAACAUCAUCAUCAUCUACUCUGGAUUAUUUUUCUAUAGAAGAUCUUUAUCGACUCUUCUUUCAUCAUUCUCCAAAAGAUAUCAAUUCAUUAUUUUUUACUCUUUAUCAACAACAUCCACAUAAAUUUUAUCGUGAUCAAAAAAAUAGAUGCUACAUAUCUAAACAACAUGUAUUGAUGAUUGCCCGCUCUUUACAUUUGUUUGCUCUAGCUGAACUUUGUACUUUGACUCAUGAUGAAUUAAUCAACCGUGUAGCCGAUCCAUUAUUUGCCAUCACAAACGCCUUACUUCUUCGCCCCGUCACUCCAAAACGCAUGGAUAUUGAUUUGGAAUGGUUUCCGUUGUUGCCUAGCAACGCCUCCUCGUCAUCUACCUCCUUCUUCUCCUCUUUUUUAUCCGCCGCCUCACGUUACCUAUCGCCCGCCACAACCAAUACCAUUCAUCAUCACCCUUCCCAUAAACAAAAUGAUCAUAGCUGGUCUCGUCAUUUUUUACCUUUACCUAAUAUUGGUAUGGGUCGUACAUUACAAGCUCAAAAACAACAACAAGCUAUUAUUGAAUGUAGACAACGAUUAUUGGUUUAUCAUCAGGGGCUUUCUUCUCAAUCAUCAUCAUCAGUGAAGUCAACACCACGAUCCCCCACUCAAGUUGUCAAUAGCGAGAAUAAUAAUAACGUGGCAUCUACUAUUGCAUUACCUGUAGAUCAUCAUCGUCAGGAAAAUGCUUUACAGAAUAAACAUCCAAGAAAAAGGAAAUCAUCACCUAUCUCAUCACCUAUCUCAUUAUCUUCUCCAUCAGUUCCAUCAAAUGCUAGUGUUUCAAAAAUUGACGACCAGCAUCCAUCAUCAUCAUCACAUCAACGACCAUCAUCCAUUUACACACGUUACCCUCAUCAUGAUUAUAACAAUCAGGAAUCACAACAUCGAAACAAGAAAUCAAAAUCAUCAUAUAGUAACUUGGAUUUAUUGGCCACUCAAGCAACUAAAAUGAAAGGAUUACCGCUUUCCCCCGAAAUUUCACCACCACCACCUCCCAUUUUAUCAUUACCACCUAUUAGUACUACAACAUCUUCUUUUCAUUCUUCUCCUUUUAUUCAAUCCAUAUCGUUACCAUCCAUUAGAAACGUUUUAUCAGAUAUAUAAUACCUAACAAUAUAUCUAUUUUGUCUUCCUCUAUAUAUUAUAUAUAUAUAUAAAAUAAAUAAAUAAACAUCAAACUUGAAUUGGCC